GAAAAGGCGGGGAAUUUGGUACUGUUGCACAUGGGCACGGUCCAGCACUUCGUUCUCUUUGAACAUAUAACUGGUUUUGGAUUGUUUCGUGUGAAGGAGUUUGAUGAGAUAACAAGGAACUUCAAGGCACAUGCAAAUGCUUUUAUCAAGCCUGUUGCAUUUGUUCACUUCAAGUCAGUCCAGGAGGCUGUAGAAAAUGUACAGUCUGUUGUCGAUGGAAGCCUUUCCGAUCUUUAAAACAGUUUCUCAGACGAAUGUCCCGCUGCUGACUGUGUACUGGGAGUUAGUGAUGAAAUUAUGGGCAAAAGUAUACUGGCUUGUGAUUUCGGCUUCGAGUGCAUUUGGCUCGGGUCUGUUCGUGAAGUUCUGCGAGUCAUCAGAGAAAACUUCGCCCGUUUGACACGUUCACUCAUCACACAACCUGGUGCUGCAUUAUCUUUGUCAGCAACUGUUGGGAAAGCAAGACCGUCAACUAGUGCUGAUGAAAUAACUCCUGGAAAAGUAGCUGAGUCUCGUGCAAGGGUGGUUGUCAGUCUGGCUCGUGCUCGCCUUCAGCUAGGGAUUGGGCAACACUUAGCCGAUACUGGUGUUGUAAAAGUGCUGAAACUGAUUGAUGAAUUGGACACUCACUUGACACAAUCAACUUCCCGACUGAGAGCUUGCUACAGUGUGCAUUUUCCGGAGGUCUGUCGACCCCAUUUUGGAAAGAACUUGUGUUUGGACGACAUGAAGCUGUUGCAAUUGAUAGCCUCUUUUCCUCUUCGUUCUUCGAUAAUUUCAAACUAUGCAGCGGGGAGUUUUACAUGUAUGGAUGAUGAUAAACUAACUACAUUGAUUGCUACGGCUGCCGAAGAUUCCAUUGGGGCCGACCUGGGUGAGGAGGACUGUGAGAAUCUCAAAAAGUAUGCCCAACGUCUAAUACAGAUGAAUCAGAUUGAUUUUUCCACCAUCAAAUUGACGUUUACUAUUUAUCGUGUACUUUUAUGGUUAACUAUAUUAUUUCAUGAAUUAACUUCAGAGAAUAUAGUUUGUUGUGUACAUAAAUGUUCACUCAAUCUUACAGGUAUUUUCAAGUUCAAUUUUUAUGCUGAUAAUAGCAAAGAGGAAACAAAAGGGCUUGACGGCACAACGUAUUCGGACUCGAUCCGCUCCUUCGUUUUGACUGAUGGUAAGAAAAGUAAUUUCUAUCAAACUCCUACAGGCGAUCGGAAUGUUUUGAACUUGCCUACAAAUACACUCAAAGUUACGAAUCAUUUGAGAUUACAGUAUGUUGAUGAGAACGCCCUCGAAGAUUAUCUACGCAAACUUACCCAUGGUCAAGGUGACGAAAAAUCCAGUGUGUUCGAUUCUGUUCAAGCACAUGAAGAUGUCAAGCCCGGACUAAUCGAAGGUGGGUUCACCUUAUGGGACGGUAGCAAAGAUCUCGUUCAUUACAUAUCGAAACACUUGAUGGAAAAACUGUAUGGCAAAAACGUAUUGGAAUUGGGUUGUGGCUGUGGACUACCUGGCAUUCUGGCUAUCAAGGCGAGGGCUCGCUUAGUUAGAUUUCAGGAUUAUAACUCCGAAGUUCUGAAGCAGUGGACAAUUCCUAACGUUAUCGUGAAUUUACAAUCACCUGACGGUGUUGACAGGCCAAAAGCAGCAACAAGUUUGGAGUUUUUCAGUGGAGAUUGGUCCAGUUUGUCUUCUUUUUGGCAGUCUGGUGUUAACUUAAAAUUCGACUAUAUAUUUACUAGUGAAACAAUCUACCGCUCAGACCUAUAUGAAAGACUACAUGAUGUGAUCGAAACUACUUUAAGUCAGGAUGGUGUCAUACUGUUAUCUUAUUAUGUUCAGAACCGAGCUAUUUUUCAAACCAUUGUCUGCGAAGUAAUUAAAUCUGGAGCAGUAAGAUAUGUGAUGCAAAUGACAAGAUUGUAA